AUGCUGCGCCAGUGUGAUUUCCCCAAAAACCGACUCCCGUCUCUCUGGUCGGUGGAUUUGAUCAAAAGUCACGAAGCCUUGUUAAAUGCAGCCAGGAGGGAUGCUGUGAUUUUGCUGAAGUCCAUCGGGAACGCGUCCAAGCAAUGGAUCCACCGACCUUCCAACAUCCUGCUGCUCUAUUACCGAUGGAAAUGGGCUGACGCACUGAGCGAUAUUGUCAGUCUGUAUCGAAGAUGGAAUGGUACCGAGUCAGCGGAAGCAACCAAUGGUAUCACCUCUCUUCGACGGACCUGGAGUGGGAAAGUGUAUGAGCUCCAUCAAAAAGGUGUUGCUGUAAUCGAACUAAAUUCUAUUGAGCAGCAGCAUGUGAAGUUUAUCUCUGAAUUUAUAUAUUUACAAAAAUGGACACUACGGCAUGCAGCAGUCACCACCGAGGAAUUGAUACAUAUGCACAACAAAGAAAGUAGGAAUGUUGGGAGCUGCGUUUCUAAAUCCAAUGCUGAGCAGUCCUUAUUCUGUGUGUUUCCAGAAUCACUGGUCUGUUUGGAAAUGUUCUGCAAGGAUGUCAUGGAGCUUUCUGAGGAAUUGUACAAAAACUCUGUCCAUGUGUUAGAAUCAAGCACAACGAUUCUGCCCGAUCCAGACCAGGACUGGUGGAUAAUAAACCUUCCAGAGUGGAUGCAGUACAUCAGCAGGGUCUUGCCUGCAUUGGAGGACACCAUUAUUAAAAUUCGGAACAUUACUCAUCAGUUUCUAGAAUAUUUUAAAACAACCACCAUUGCUUGCAGCUUAAAGAGCCAUCCAGAUAUUGGGUACUAUGUCAGUGACUACAGUUUUAAAGAAGCAUAUAUGAAAAAGGUGUGGCAUUUAUAGUGGAUUUUUAAAGUUAUACAAAAUAUGGAGAGGAUGAACACUCAGUACAAGUCUGUGACAUAAGAUUGACUGUAAAUAAAGACAUGGAAUGAAAAUCAGUCAGUUCUCAUACAUUUCAACUCAUCCCAAAAAUGUUUGUGGAAAGAGCGUACUGAGGAAUUCAUAAAUAUGUCUGGAAAUUGUGCUAAUGUAAACGGCGCAACCAACAGGACAAAGCGCAGCACAGGAACAGGCCCUUCGGCCCUCAAUGGAUGGGCUGAACAUGAUUCCAAGAUAAACUAAUCAUGUCUGCCUGUAUGUGAUCCCUGUCCCUCCAUUCCUUACAUGUCCAUGUGCCUAUCUCAAAGCCUCCUAAAUGCCACUAUCUUGUCUGCCGCCACCCACCACCCUCUGUGUAAAGAAACUCACCAUGCACAUCUCCUUUACAUUUUUCCCCUCUCACCUUAAAGCUAUGCCCUCUAGCCUUUGACAUUUCCACCUCUGGGGAAAAAAGGUUCUGACUGUCUACCUUAUCUGUCUCUCAUAAUUUUCUAUAAUUCUAUCAUGUUUUAAACAAAGUUGAAUUAUUACGAUCGGUACUUGAAAACUAAACACUGAGAACUGUGCGUUGAAAUUAAUAAACCCAUCGUUUAGCUUUCUAUACAGACUCCGUAUGAAUAUAGAGUCAUACAGCAUGGAAACAGGCCCUUCGGCCCAACUUGCCCAUGCCAACCAAGCUGCCCCAUCUACACCAGUCCCGCCUGCCUGUGUUUGACCCAUAUCUCUCUAACCCCUUCCUGCCCAUGUACCUGUCGAAAUGCCAUUUGCAGUAAAUGUUGUAUUUGUACUUUGUGCCAGCUCAUCCCCACUGGAACUUUAACAGUUCAUUUUGAUUCCAUUAAAACAAGGGUUGUUAAGGGCUAGGAUCCGCGGUCAAAUUCCGUCACAAUCUAAAUCAGGGGCAAGAUAAUUCUAAUGAUCUUAUAUUAAAUAACUAGUUCAGCAAGCAGAUUAUGGUCAAUGAAUGGAGCAUUAAACUGUAGCUGUUGAACAUUUAAAUCGUAACUAUGAAAUGCCGGAAAAAUUCAGAUCAAUGGUUAAUGAAUUCUUUGUGCAACCAUACGUCAUGCAUGCAUUAGCAGUACUUUAUAAAACAAUGUUGUAAAGUAUGUUAAAUAUAUGUUAGCUUUUGUUGGAGGAUAUAUGGUUUGUUCCCCUCAUUUCAUCAAAAAAACUUUGUAGAAAUUUAAAAGUAUCAAUUUUUCCAAAUACGUAGUUUUCCAAAUUCAGUAUGGAUUUACAAGAUUGAAUGGAAGAUAUUUUUCUUAUGCUAUGGUAUUAUGAAUUACACUAUAAUAUAAAACUACAUGAUUAUUAUAUGCAAAUAAACUAUUAAAUGAGCUAUUACACAUAUUCUUGCCUCACAGAAAAAUACCAUGUAUGACUUUUCAUUAAAUGAUUGUGACUGAACCUGGUCUUUUAACUCUGCUGCAUACUUGAUCCAGUUCAUUUUGAAUUGUAACUUAGGAUCAAUUCUGUCAACUAGUUCAAUCAUUCUGUGUGCGUUAUUAUACCUUUUGUGACAGAUUAUUCCCACUUCUCUUCAUUAUGGAUUGUCUACCUUUGAAAUUAAUGCAGGGAAAUAUAUUGUAAGAAAGAUUGUGACUUCAGGUUUAUGUAGUUACAUGCUCAUUAGACAUAGGAUCAGAAUUGAGUCAUUCAGCCCACCAAGUCUACUCCACCAUUUGGUCAUGACUGGUUUAUUUUUACCUAUCCACUUCAUUUUCUUGCCUUCUUUCCUGCCUCCACAACCAUCUAAGCAAUGAAUUCUACAGAUUCACCAAAGGGAAAGAUAGAUCAGCCAUGAUUGAAUGGCAGAGUAGACGCGAUGGGCCUAAUAGCAUUAUUCUGCUCCAAUGACUUGUGAAAUAAAUUCCUCUUAAUGCUCACAGAAUUUAUUGCAAUUUGAUCUUUAGGUGAAGAACAGCUUGCCGUUGACUGCAUUUUAUUUAUAUCUAACAUGUUUUGUAUACUCGGGACUUUGACAGUGCCAGACUAACAGAUUUUCUGGACUAUUAGAGGUUAUUCCUGUUAACACCUAAAAUGUUUUUGUUCAGAUGUUACACGCUACUAUAAUAAAUAUUGCAGGGAAACUAGUGAGGUGAGAACACAGCAAACACAAGACACAAAGAACUGCAAAUGCUGGUAAUACACAAAAAGAUACAAAGUGCUGGAGUAACCGUGCAGCUCAGGCAGCAUCUGUGGAGAACAUAGAUAGGCGACGUUUUGGGUCGGGACCCUUCUUCAGACUCUUUAGACAGCAAACAGAACCUUGGCUAGUUUAAGGAGAACGUCGGAAAUAGGGUCCAAGUGAGUCGAAAGGAUGUGCAGGAACCAGGGCUCUCUUGAAUGGAAAGGAAGGCAGGAAUUGGGGCCCCUGUGGAUGGAAUGGAUCAUAGAAAUACAGGUCUAAGGAAGUGAAAGUCAGCGGAGGAAGCAGAGACCCAGCAAGUUGGACUGGAGUCAGGGACCAGGGCUACAGAGAAUCGGAAGGAAGCGUGAGAAGCUGGGCCUCGGUGAGUUGGAAGAGUAUGGAGAAAAUGUUACCUGAAUAUCCAAAUAUUGUACCAUUGGGAAUUCUGAAUGAUCAAAUAGCGGAUUAAUUGAAUUUCCGCUGUAGUGAUUGUUGGCAUCUGUCCAGGGUAUAAAACAAUGAGAUACUCUAAAUCAAACAGCUGAAUAUGAUUUGCACAGAUGCCAAAGAGGAAGUUGUGUGCUUAUCUCUACUUACAUUGCAUUCAGAAAGUAUUCAGCCCCCUUCACUUCUUCCACAUUUUGUUACGUUACAUCCUUAUUCUAAAAUGGAUUAAAUUCAUUUUUUUAUCAGCAAUCUACACACAAUAGCCGACAAUAAAAAAGCGAAAAUAGGUGUUUAGAAAAUUUUGCAAAAUAAUUAAAAAUAAAUAACUGAAAUAUCAUAUUUACAUAAGUAUUCAGACCCUUUACUCAGUACUUUAUUGAGGCACCUUUGGCAGUGAUUACAACCUCAAGUCUUCUUGGAUAUGACGCUACAAGUUUGGCACACCUGUAUUUGCGUAAUUUCUCCCAUUCUUCUGGAUGGGGAGUGUUGAUACACAACUAUUUUCAGGUCCCUCCAGAGAUAUUUGAUCGGGUUCAAGUCCGGGCUCUGGCUGGGCCCCUUACGGCCAUUCACAGACUUGUCACAAAGCCACUCUUGCGUUAUCUUGGCUGUGUGCAUAGGGUCGUUGUCUUGUUGGAAGGUGAACCACCGCCCCAGUCUGAGGUCUUGAACGCUCUGGAGCAGGUUUUCAUCAAGGAUCUCUCUGUACUUUGCUCCGUUCAUCUUUCCCUCGAUCCUGACUAGUCUCCCAGUUCCUGCCGCUGAAAAAUAUUCCCACAGCAUGAUGCUGCCACCACCAUGCUUCACCGUAGGUAUGGUAUUGGCCAGAUAUUGAGCGGUGCCUGGUUUCCUCCAGACGUGACACUUGACAUUCAGGCCAAAGAGUUCAAUCUUGGUUUCAUCAGGCCAGGGAAUCUUGUUUAGGUGCCUUUUGGCAAACUCCAAGCGGGCUGUCAUGUGCCUUUUACUGAAGAGUGGCUUCUGUCUGGCCACUCUACAAUAAAGGCCUAAUUGGUGGAGUGCUGCAGAUAUAGUUGUCCUUCUGGAAGUUUCCCCCAUCACCACAAAGGAACUCUGGAGCUCUGUCAGAGUGACCAUCGGGUUCUUGGACACUUCCCUGACCAAGGCCCUUCUCCCCCUUUUGCUCAGUUUGGCCAGGCGGCCAGCUCUAUGAAGAGUCCUGGUGGUUUCAAAGUUCUAUUUAAGAAUGACGGAGGCCACUGUGCUCUUCGGGCCCUGCAAUGCUGCAAAAAAUGUUUUAUACCCUUCCCCAGAUCUGUGUCUCAACACAAUCCUGUAUCGGAGGUCUACAGACAAUUCCUUCGUCUUCAUGGCUUGGUUUUUGCUCUGACAUGCACUGUCAACUGUGGGACCUUAUAUAGACAGGUGUGUGCCUUUCCAAAUCAUGUACAAUCAAUUUAAUUUACCACUUGUGGACUCCAAUCAAGUUGUAGAAACAUCUCAAGGAUAAUCAAUGGAAACAGGAUGCACCGAAGCUCAAUUUUGAGAGUCACAGCAAAGGGUCUGAAUACUUACUUAAAUGUGGUAUUUCAGUUAUUUCUUUUUAAUUAUUUUGCAAAAAUUACUAAACACCUGUUUUCGCUUUUAUAUUAUGAGGUAUUGUGCGUAGAUUGAUGAUUAAAAAAAAUGACUGUAAUCAAUUUUAGAAUAAGGCUGUAAUGUGACAAAAUGUGGAAAAAGUGAAGGGGUCUGAAUACUUUCUCAAUGCACUGUAUCUCAGCUGCACAGUUCCCCACUCCGAUCAUUUAGAGUGUUGUGCAAGGUGUGUCAGGAUUCCCGAAAAUUUGAUUUAUAGUUGAAAUAUUGAGAUGCAAAGGUAUAAAUUGUUCAGAUGUCCAAAUAAAAACACCCACACACACACACACAAUCACAGAUAUAUGCCCUGAACUCAGGAAUUAAAGAAAAUGAAGGCAACAAUCUGUGCAGGGAGGAAAUGCAGAUGCUGGUUUACACUGAAGAUGGACACAACUUGCUGAAGUAAUGCAACGUGUCAGGCAGCAUCUCUGGAGAAAACGAAUAGUGACUCUUCUUCAGACUGAUAGUCAGGGGAGAGGGAAAUCAGAGGUACGAAAAGGAACAGAACAAAUCAGAGCCACCAACGACAGCCGAAGAGCCCACAAUGACUUGCUAAAAGGCUCAGUCAAAUAUAUUGGAUAUUUCAAAUGUGAUUGAAACAAGUUUACAACACGUACAAUUGGGAAAACUGUAAUGUUCAGCUUCUUCCCUACAGCCAUUAGGCUACUAAACACUACAACCUCAAAUAAGCUCUGAACUACAUAGACUAUUGUUAUAAUUGCACUCUUAGAAUCAUAGAGUGAUACAGUGUGGAAACAGGCCCUUCAGCCCAACUCACCCACACCGAUCAACAAUGUCCCAGCUACACUAGUCCCACUUGCCUGCGCUUGGUCCAUAUCGUUCCAAACCUGUCCAAUCCAUGUACCUGUCUAGCUGUUUCUUAAACGAUGGGAUAGUCCCAGACUCAACUAUCUCCUCUGGCAGCUUGUUCCAUACAGGCACCACCCUUUGUGUGAAUAAGUUACCCCUCGGAUUCCUAUUAAAUCUUUUCCCCUUCACCUUGAACUCAUGUCCUCUGGUCCUCGAUUCACCUACUCUGGACAAGAGACUCUGCGCAUCUACCCGAUCUAUUCCUCUCAUGAUCUUAUACACCUCAAUAAAAUCUCCCCUCAUCCUUCUGCUUGUUUGUUUUCAUGUGUGCGUAUGCAUAUGUGUGUGUAUACAAAAACUGAUUUUUUUUUUCUCAUUUAUUAUAUUGUUUACAGUGUAUGAUGUUUACGUAUUCUGUUGUGCUGCUGCAAGCAAGAAUUUCAUUGUUCCAUCUGGGAUAUAUGACAAUAAAACAAUUUUGAGUCUUGAAGUGGAGAUAUUAUACCAGCAUGGACUGAGAACUGGUUUAACAGAAAGAAAGCAAAGUGCAGGAAUAAUAGAGGCAUUCUCAAGGUGGCAGGCUGUACCUAUUGCAGUAUAACAGGUUGUGGUUUCUUUGUGGUAGAUGCAAUGGGUGGGGGAACAGCUGUCAGUAUAAUUGUAUAAUUAUAUAUUGUAUAUUGUAAGUAUAAUUGCAGUGCAUUUCAGAGGUGCUUACAUACUGCAACCACGAUGAUCUGGUGAUAGAAGGAAUGCUGAGAGUUGUAGAUGGAGCUCAGUCCAUCACACAGACCAGAUUUCCCACCUUUGAUUCUAUCUACACCAAGCUGCCUUGGAAAAACAGCCAACAUAAUCGAAGACCUGUCCAACCCCAGUCAUUCCGUCUUCUCCCCGUUCCUGAUGUGCAGAAGGUACAGAGACUUUUAUGCGCACACCAUCAGACACAGGAACAGCUUCUUCCCCUCCGUUAUCAGGCUGCUGAACAGUCCUUCCGUAAUUUAGGUCAAUAGACAAUAGACAAUAGGUGCAGGAGUAAGCUAUUUGGCCCUUCGAGCCAGCAACGCCAUUCAAUGUAUCAUGGCUGCUCAUCCCCAAUCAGUACCCCGUUCCUGCCUUCUCCCCAUAUUCCCUGACUCCGCUAUCUUUAAGAACCCUAUCUAGCUCUCUCUUGAAAGCAUCCAGAGAACCGGCCUCCACCGCCCUCUGAAGCAGAGAAUUCCACAGACUCACAACUCUCUGUGAUAAAAAGUGUUUCCUCAUCUCCUUUCGAAAUGGCUUAGCCCUUAUUCUUAAACUGUGGCCCCUGGUUCUGGACUCCCCCAACAUCAGGAACAUGUUUCCUGAUCUAGCGUGUCCAAAGCCUUAAUAAUCUUAUAUGUUUCAAUAAGAUCCCUUCUCAUCCUUCUAAACUCCAGAGUAUACAAGCCCAGCCGCUCUAUUCUCUCAGCAUAUGACAGACCCGCCAUCCCGGGAAUGAACCUUGUAAACCUACGCUGCACUCCCUCAUUAGCAAGAAUAUCCUUCCUCAAAUUAGGGGACCA